CCUCCUUCCAACCCCCACACCCCCCCUUCCCCUCACAUCCUUGGAAGCAACAAUUAAGCAGCUCUGGGAUAAAACACACUGACUGCGAGAGCACGGGGGCAUUGCUUCAAGAGAUGGCAAAGCAGGCAGCUGCACCCCUCCUUCCCGGAGUCCUCCUCCUCUUCUCCAUCCUCCCGGCUUCCCAGCAAGGAGGGGUUCCUGGUGCUAUCCCGGGAGGGGGAGUCCCAGGAGGAGGCUUUUUCCCAGGUGCUGGGGUUGGAGGUUUGGGAGCAGGGCUCGGGGCUGGAGGAAAACCUCUCAAACCAGGGGUCGGUGGCCUCGGGGGACUUGGCCCUCUUGGCCUCCAGCCAGGUGCUGCAGGUCUGCUCCCAGGAGGUGGCUUCCCCGGGGGCGUCUUCCCAGGUGCUGCAUCCGCGGCUGCUCUUAAGGCUGCUGCGAAAGCUGGUGCUGGUCUUGGUGGCGUGGGUGGAGUUGGUGUUCCUGGAGGCCUCGGGGUCUCCGCAGGUGCUGUAGUGCCCCCAGGAGGGGUACAACCUGGGGUCGGCGCGGCAGGGAAGCCCCCCAAAGUACCAGGUGCUGGCAUCCCUGGAGCCUUCCCAGGCGGUGGCGUUCUCCCUGGUGCAGGUGUCCGUUUCCCUGGCGUAGGGGUGCUGCCUGGCGUUCCCACCGGCACCGGUGUCAAGGCGAAAGGUCCAGGAGCAGGAGCCUUCGCAGGAAUCCCUGGACUGGGAGGCUUUGGAGGCCAGCAGCCCGGAGUCCCUCUGGGGUAUCCCAUCAAAGCUCCCAAGCUCCCAGGUGGCUAUGGAUUGCCCUACAGCACUGGUAAGCUGCCCUAUGGUCUCGGACCUGGUGGGAUAGGAGCAGGACUUGGUGCUGGAAAGGCUGGGUACCCCACUGGGACAGGAGUUGGAGCACAGGCAGCAGCAGCGAAAGCAGCAGCUAAGUACGGAGCCGGUGUCCUGCCCGGGGCUGGUGGCAUCCCAGGGGUCGGCGGCAUCCCAGGGGUUGGUGGCCUGGUGCCUGGCGUUGGCGUUGUCCCAGGAGCUGGAGUCGGAGGGCCGGCGGCUGCAGCGGCAGCAGCGAAGGCAGCAGCAAAGGCAGGAGCCUACGGUGCAGGGGUGCUGCCUGGUGUCGGCGGUGUGCCAGGCCUCGUGCCCGGUGUCGGUGGUGUGCCUGGUGUCGGUGGUGUCCCCGGCUUGGUGCCCGGUGUCGGAGGAGCUGGAACGCCAGCAGCAGCAGCAGCAGCAGCAAAGGCAGCUAAGUAUGGAGCCGGCGUUGGCGUUCCUGGUGUUGGUGUUCCUGGCAUCGGCGGCGUGCCCGGUGUGCCCGGCGUUGCUGGUGUCCCUGGCGUGCCUGGUGUCCCUGGCGUGGCUGGUGUCCCUGGCGUGGUGCCUGGUGUCGGAGUGGGUGGCCCAGCAGCUGCUGCCGCAGCGAAGGCUGCAGCGAAAGCGGCCGCAUUUGGAGCUGGCGUGCCUGGAGCCGGUGUUCCCGGAGUUGGAGUACCUGGAGUCGGCGUUCCUGGAGUCGGCGUUCCUGGUGUUGGCGUUCCUGGAGUUGGUGUUCCCGGCAUUGGUGUUCCUGGAGUCGGUGUUCCCGGAGUCGGUGUGCCUGGUCUGGUACCCGGAGCCGGCCCUGCUGCCGCCGCUGCUGCCAAAGCGGCUGCCAAAGCAGCCAAGUAUGGGGCAGGUGGCCUGGCUCCUGGCGUGGGUGGCCUGGCUCCUGGCAUAGGUGGCCUGGCUCCUGGUGUGGGUGGCUUGGUUCCUGGUGUGGGUGGCCUGGCCCCCGGCAUUGGAGGUGUCCCAGGAGUCGGAGGUCCGGCAGCAGCAGCAAAAGCAGCAGCCAAGGCAGCCAAGUACGGUGCCGGUGUCGGAGGGGUGCCAGGCGCGGUGCCCGGUGGUCCCGGUGUGCCAGGAGUGACACCCGGCGUUGGCGGCGUCCCUGGGUUGGUGCCGAGCGUGGGGGUACCCGGUGCCGGCGUUCUCCCCGGGGCAGGCAUCCCCCAAGUAGGGGUGCAGCCAGGUGCUAAGCCUCCCAAGUUCGGAGUUCCCGGAGCUGGAGUCCCAGGGGUUGGUGGCAUCCCAGGUGGCCUCGGAGUUGGUGGCCUCGGAGCUGGUGGCCUUGGUGCUGGUGGCCUUGGUGCUGGGCUCUUGUUUCCAGGAGCUGCUGGAAAACCUCCCAAGCCAGGUUUUGGUGUUGGGGGGCUGCCAGGGCCUGGAGUUCCCGGCUUUGGCGUGUCACCGAUAUUUCCAGGUGGGGUCGGCGGCCAGCUGGGAUUUGGCGGGAAGCCCCCCAAGACCUUCGGAGGAGCCCUCGGGGCCCUGGGCUUUAGAGGUGGAGUCGGCUGCGCACAAGGGAAAUACUGCGGGAGGAAGCGGAAGUAACCGCCCGCCCCACCGAUAACCUCAUGAACUUUGGUGCUACUGCAUGGUCCAGAAUGUAAAUCCCCAGCCCAGCUGAGACCCCCCUGGCCCCCCGGCCCCACGCUCCCGGGAGGGACCCCACGGUGCGGCAGCAGCGCCGGGGCCUGCCCCCACCCCGGGAAUUCUCCCCCCCGACCCCCCCAGGGAGCGCGGAAUAAACUGCGGGGAGCAGCUGUCCCCCUUGGUGCUAUCGCUCCCUGCGGGGGGGCCUGGGACCCCCCUGACACCCCCUGCCCCGGUGCUGCCCCCCGGGGUGGGUGGCGAGAGCUGACCCGGGGGGGGGGCAGGCCGAGUGGGGGGCACGAGGGGCACCGGGGGGGGAAGGAGGGAGGGAGGGAGGGGGUCCCGGCGGCAGGGGACAACGUGGGGGGGCUUGUCCCCGCCGCCCUGCGACCCCCCCGGCUCCCUUCAUGUUACUCACUUUGAUAUAACUGGGUGGGACGCCC